GUUUCCAACUAGCACAUUGGAGAAAUAGAAAUGAAACAUGUGGAUGUUAUAAAAUAUGUAAUAUUUUAUGAGCAAACGCACAUGUACUGUUUUCGACUAGAUAAUAUUUUAGAUAAAAAGUAGUACGAUGUUAAAUUAAGCCUUUCAACAUUUAUUCUCUUAUAAAUCCCAUUUGAUCUAUCUAAGGAUAUAAACAAAAAAAAAAGAAAAAAAGAUGACUGAUUUCAUCACAUAUACAAAGAAGAAGAUUGAAGAUUUGUCUGUAUACAUUGUUUCUUGUGGAAAAUCUUAUAAAGAACCUGCAAGAGAUGUACCAGAAGAAGACCAAGCUGGUCCAGUAACAAAUAUAACACCAAUAAGAUUUUCUAAAGAGCCACCAAGAAAUGACCAAGAACCAACAAGUGAUCAUGUACUAGAAGAUGACUUUGGGAUAAUAAAAGUAUUCCCAUCAGGCAAUGCACCACCAAUAAAUAAUGCACAAAAUCAAGAAGAAGAAAAUAUUAUUGCUCAACAAAGCCAAGAACUUGAUAAAUCUAAAGGAAAUUCACAAGAACAGAAAGAGAUUGAUGAUGAUGAGGAUUUUAAAACUCUACCAAAAGGGUUUAUACCUGAAGAAAGAGCAAAAUUUUCAACACCUCCAGGAAAAAGAUCAGCUCCUAGACCUAAGACUGGUUGAAGUUAAUUAAUUAAUCAAAUUCCAAUGUUGUGAUUAUUUUAUUUUUUUGAAAAAAAAAGGAGCUAUUUUCUUGUUUCUUUUGUUUGUUUGUUUUGCUCAUCUUUAUUGUUAGUACCUGUUAAUAUGUUCUGAAAAGAUUGUCACGAA